CGUGACUCGCAAAUAUGAAGCGUGCAGGCUGGCUGGCGACGGCUGUGGUCCUUGCCACGGCCGUGGCAAUGGCAAUGAGCAUGAAGCAGAGUAGUGACCCUGCGUGGGACCAUCAGGAGAAGUCGUACCAUGUUCAGUUCCGGCCGGCAGUUGUGGAGCGUGGCUCGGGCGAGGCCGCCGUCUUCUUCUCGCCGGACAACUCGACCUCGUUCCUCACCGAGCUGGUGGAGAGCGCGGACAAGAGCAUUGACGUCGGCACGCCGGGCUUCUCCUCGUGGAUUGGAUGCACAUAUGGCGGCGGAUGCACGGUGGAGGAGCAACGGAUGAACGAGACGUUCCCCAUCUUUGCGGCACUCGUCAACGCGCUCUCGGCUGGCAAGUCGGUCCGCAUCCUCACCAACGACUUUGGCGCCACGCCGCCGGCCGCAGGUCGCAUCGACCCGCUGACCUUCCUCUACCUCGCUGGCGCAGAGAUCCGUUACUACACAUCGACUACGUUCUGGCAUGCAAAGUACAUCUCGGUCGAUGCCCGGACACCCGACGCCGCAACCGCGUUCUCCUCAAUCAACUUUUCCGAGACCUCGUUCCGCAAGAACCGCGAGGCCGGGAUCCGGCUCUCGGGCGAGGGCGUUCGCGAGGUGCUUGAUGUUGCCGCCGAUGUAUUUGACGCCGACUGGGAUGUCGCACUUCAGUUCUCGCCGGCCCACGAGUACACGCCGGCUGAGCUGGCGGUCAUCCGGUCCAAAGCGGCGCUUCGAGUCGUUGUCCCGCCGCCCGAGCCGUUCCCCGGCUCGUAUGUGGCGACAACUAAGACAGUGGCGCUCGACGAGGCGCGCGUCGAGCUUGUCAUGUCGCCCGACUACACGUACGAGACGCUCAAGGCCGCACUGGAUGCCGCUCGCAACACCUUUGUGCUCUACAUCUACCAGGUGACCGACUACGACCUGUGCGAGUGGCUUGGCGACUUUGUCGAGCGCGACGAGACCGAGCUGUAUCUGCUUGUCUCUGACGCCAUCUUUGCGUACGACGACUACGAGCUUGCGCGCGGGUGCUACCGCUUCCUCACCAAGCGCGGGGCCCGAGUGCAGACCACCCGCCGGCAUCUGUACUCGUUCUCGCACCAAAAGUACUGGGUCGUUGACAAUACCACGGCGUGGAUGUCGUCGGGCAACUGGUCACCGUCCGACUGGCCACAGUACUCGGGCGAGACGCUCGUGCCGUACAACUCGAGCCACGGAACGUGGAUUCAGGCCAACCGCGACUUUACGCUCGGCAUCACCGACGCCGCCGUUGUCGACGCCUUCCUCGACGUCUUUGACGGCGACUACUGGAUUGGCCAGCAGUGGGUCGACGACGCCGGGCCGUAAACAAGGCAGCGUGCAAGUGACA